AUGUCGAGUCCUCAUGGAAAACGUCGACCUUCAUCUACUGGAUCAUCUCGCUCAGCGCUAGGUGCAGAGGAUUGGAGAAAGAUUGAGAGGCUUCUUAAGUACGCUGUCACUGAUUUAUACGAUCAAAAGGCUAAAAAGUUGAAUUCUACGAUGCACGCUCUCUCUACAGAGAAUAUUAUCUUGAAGCUACGCUGCCAAGGCCUCGAAGCGGCCCUUUUUCAAGAGAAGAAGAAGCGCAAGCGGGGGAAGCCUCUCUUAUUCGAAUUACAAGCCCCUGAGGAUGGUUACGCGGUAUUUUACUCUCCUAAUAAGAUUCAGCAAGCUUGUGAUCUUCAAGCAGAAAAGGAUGAGGCUGUACAGCUUGCUAAAGCUUCAAAAGAAGAGGAAAGGCUUCGUAAGCAGCGAGAGAAACAAGAUAAGAGGCUUUUAAUUCAAGAACGCAAGCGAAUCCGUGCUUCAAAUCGUGAAAUACGGCUCCGUGAGGCAGAGGUAAAAAAGCAGAAAAAGCAGGAUAAUCAGCUCGCUAAGCAAGCCGAUAUACAAAUUCAAAAUGACUUCAAUCUCGCCCAAAAAGGCAAGAAUAAGGUCCCGGCAACUCCAAAGGCAAAGAAAUCGGAUGAUAGAGUUACUAUAGACCCUGAGGUCGUUGAUGAGGCCCCCCCUGCACUAAAUCGUAGAGGCAGGCAGAUCCGCCUCCCACAGCGCUUUCACGAUUUAAAAAAAGGCCUGUAUAGCUUCAUUUUAAUGUGUAUUUUCGUCCGCUCAAAAAUUUCUAUAUAA